GUUUUCUUACUUCGACCAUCACCGCGAUGGACGGGCCUGCUCAUCUGUUGUCGCUCAAGGUCAUGCGAGUCUCUCGUCCGUCGCUGGCAAGCUCCUGGCAGCCAUUCUACUCCAGUUCCCCGUCCUUCUCAGCACAUUCAACUGCAUCAAUAAUGUCUCUCCAAGGAAAUACACCCUUGUCUGGUUAUCCGAAAACAUUAAGGGAUUUCACUCAAGCCUCAGAAUUGCUCAUCCUGCCCUCGUCAUUCGGUUCUAUACAGCUCGGAGAGACCUUUUCCAGCUGUCUUUGUGUAAACAAUGAGGCCAGUGUCGACGUUGAGGGCGUCCACAUGAAAGUCGAGAUGCAGACCGUUACAACGAAAGUGUUAUUGGCUGAAUUUGGAAGCUCAGACCAUCGUUUGAGUGUAGGGGAUACUCUUGAAAGUAUUGUUCAUCAUGAAAUCAAAGAGCUUGGGCAGCAUGUUCUCGCAUGCACCGUGACGUAUCGACUGCCUCCGGGGGUUCGGAUUGCCCCUCAAUCAGAAGAUAGUAAUCAAGAUCCAGCUUUACAGACGUUCAGAAAGUUCUACAAGUUCGCCGUUACAAACCCGCUGUCCGUCAAGACAAAAGUCCAUGUCCCAACGUCUCCUUCUGCCCUAACCAAUCUCGAUGAGCGAGACAAGGUGUUCCUCGAAGUCCACAUUCAAAACCUCACCCAGGAGCCUAUUUGGUUUGAACGAAUGCAGUUUGAAUGUGCGGAUGGCUGGGCUGUGAAGGAUGCGAACAACUUGAUAAGAGACAUAGAUGGAGAGAAAAAGAGCAUUUUCUCUGGUACCACAGCGCUCAUGAACCCCCAAGACAUGAGACAGUAUAUCUACAUCCUGGACCCCAAGACACAUACCUUGGAACCUCCUACCAAUGCGCCAGGGAGCAUUAUUCCUCUCGGCCGGCUCGAUAUCUCAUGGCGAUCGUCUUACGGUGAGCCUGGCCGUCUACUCACUUCCAUGCUCUCUCGCCGUAUACCAUUACUGCAACCACCACCACAACAGCCCGCAUCCGCCCUCCCACCUUAUCUGAAACGCACAGUCGCGGCAGCAUCUGCGCCUGGAAUGCCUCCUCGCCCCCGAUCUCCUCAGCUUUCACAGUCACGACCCAGCUCCCCAGUUCCUACAUCACGACCUGGUUCUCCGUUCCGCAAUCGCCCAGCCUCUGUGGGCCCCAGUCGCGCUCAAUCGCCACCUCCUCCGCCCGCGACAAACCCAAUACCAGGUGUCGAUGUUCACCUCAUUGUACGCAACUUGCCCCGGAAUUCGAUUGAACUGCAAAAACCAUUCACCAUAUCUUGCACGCUAACAGUCGGCACUUCUAUACCCUUUGACAAGCGGCACUUCACUCGUAUACUGACCUUGGUGGUGCAGCACGUUCAGCCUCCCAAGAAAGCGCCUGCACCCGUUUCCGUGAAUAACCUUAUAGCCACUCAAUCAGAAUCAUUCACACGAGUUUCAAUCUCAGGUUUCUCUACUCCGUCUCCCACUUCGACCUUGUUCAAUUAUCCCUUGGCGCAACAGAAACUUCUCGUCGCCUCUCCACGGCAUACCAUGCUGGAGUUAGACACCAACGAGGCGCUUCUCCCACCCCCGUUUUCUGAAACGUCUCCCGACGAAUGCAAAAUACCUCAGUCAGGCGUGGGUUUCUGUGGCCCAUCAGCGAUUUUCUUGUCUCCUAUUCAGCUGUCUGCAGCAGACUCUGUCGAACUCAGCACAAAUGUCUGCGCCUCACAAGACUUUGAGCUAACGUACAUCCCACUUCAAUCUGGCUUUGUAUCGUUUGGGGGUCUAAGAGCACUAUUGGUAGAGGAUAAGUUCACCAGUACAAUCAUAGGGAUGGACGGGUUUUCAGAAGCCCUUGAGAAGGCACGGACUUUGAAGGAGUGGGAUGUGGUCGGGGAGGUAUGGGUCUCAUCUUAGUUUUACCGUUGUUUUGUCCGAUAAUAUUAUUAGCAACUAUAUGUACUACUUGCGAGUCCGAAAUGUGCGUUAGACUGUCACCCAAGGUUGACUGACGAGCUGUUGCACGGACAGUAGCGCACGGUAUCG